UGUAACGGCGCAUGCGCUCUUCGCUCAUGCGCGCUGACGUCGGCGUAAACAACCGUUGGGGCAUUUAAAGAGCUCAGCUGCCAAGUGUUUCUCCAAUCAAGGUGGUCCACCCUGUUGGAGGAUUAUGCAGCAUGAGUCUGCAGGGCCCUCGCCAGUGUUUCUGCUCUGUGAAGGAAGAGCCUCCCUGAAGCCACUAGAAGCUUCCAGCCAUCAGAACUUUGCAGAGACACUUCCCACAGAGAUGAGCGUGAGGAUCUUCAGAGAGCUCGAUGUGGAGAGUCUCUGCAGGGCCUCCAGGACAUGCAAGCUGUGGCACUCCAUCAUCAGUCAGAGCGAGCAGCUGUGGAGGCAGCAGUGCCUGCUGGUCCGGGUUGUCUGUCAGCGUGAGGUGGACAGCGAUCGGAGAGAUGGGCUCUCCUGGAAGGUGACCCUGCUUAGGAACUACACCCGAAGCCGGGUGAAGACCGACUGGCUGACGGGACGCUACAGCAGGGUGAGAUCUGCAGACGAGCUGCUAAAGAGGAAGAUGGUGCCGCUGGAUGCAGAGACGUGGGGAGAGAUCCUGCAGGCUGAGCUCGACAGAUGAUGAUGAUGUUAGGUUUUUAUUUUGCAGCCCCAGAAGCACUUCUCUCUAAUUUGACUCUAAUAUAUGUUUUUUUUUACUCUGAGUUCACUUUAUAGUAUUACAAGCGAUUGUACAUAUAUUUUUUAAUGUUUUUAAUGCAAAAUAAUCAUGGAAAAUGAAUCGGUUUGAUGUAAAAAACAGCUGAGCUGAAAUUAAACCUGUAUUUAUCAAA